AACAUAACUUCAAAGAUUCGCAUCCGUUCCUAAAAUGAAGAUCACAAUUGCCUGUUUGAUUUUGAUUGUGACAGCAUGUUACGGUUACCCGUAUGGAUACGGCCAUGAAAGCUCUGGUGGGCAAAGCGGUCGUGGUGGUUAUGGCCAGGGAGGCGGCCAAGGCGGAUAUGGUGGCGGUCAAGGCGGAUAUGGUGGUAAUCAAGGCGGAUAUGGUGGCAGUCAAGGCGGAUAUGGUGGUAGUCAGGGCGGAUAUGGUGGUAACCAAGGCGGAUUUGGUGGCAACCAAGGCGGAUAUGGUGGCGGCGGUUUCCCUCAAGGACGAGUAGACCAAGGAGGUUACCGCGAACAUGGAUAUUAAUUGAAAAUAUAAGGAUACCGUAUUAUUGAAUUGUGGAAAUAAUGACCACUAGUAUUGUAGAGAGUCAAAAUAAAAAUAUUAAAUUUACACUCGCUUCUUCUGAUUUCUUUUUAGACUUUACAAUAGCUUUCAUAGUAAUUUAGUUUACGCAUUUAGUUUUAUCUUUAUUUAAAAAAUAUUUUUUGACUUAAGCCAUACAUAGCUCUGUGUCUUGGUAUGUAUUGUCACCCAAUUAAAACUAAAAAUUCUAAUGA